UAGCGGCGCGUUUGUGACGUAACUAUGCGCGACGCAAGUUCUUUUACGUCAGCACAAUAGUGCCAACAUGGCGUUCACACUGUACGCACUGAUUCAAACAGCGAUAUUAUUCACUAAUGCUGUCGCAGUUCUACACGAAGAGAGGUUUCUUAGUAAAAUUGGCUGGGGGGCAGAGCAAAGUAUUGGAGGAUUUGGAGAUGAACCUGGGAUUAAAGCACAGCUUCUGAACCUUAUUCGUUCUGUCAGGACUGUCAUGAGAGUACCUUUGAUAGCAGUGAAUUCAGUGUGUAUCGUCUUACUAUUACUGUUUGGAUGAAGAAAGAAUGGAUUGCGGCAGAUCAAGAUCUAAUGUGGAACAUAGUGAAUGUGGGAAAGGAAAAUGGACUGUUUUUGUAUCUGUGGUUCUAAAUGUUGCUCUCCAAUGUCUGAAAAUUGUAUCCUGAAUGAAUUACUGUAAGUACUCUGGUAGUUUUAUAUGACAAAAAUAUCCGUAAACAUUUUUCUUUUCAUGUUUUGUAACUUUAUGGAAGCCCCUGUCUCUCCCUCUGUACAUGCUGUUUUUGUCACAUUCAAGGUCUAGUAAAGUGUCAGUUCCUCAAGCAUCAAUGUAUUUCUUAGAACAAGCAACAAUGGAAGCAACCAGGUUUGCGAAAGCCAUACCAUCUCUUGACACCUGAAAUGUUUUUUUAUUUUUCUCAAAUGUAAGGUUCCCUAAAGCUAAACAUCUCUUGGUUUCAAAGACAGCUUGGAAAGUAAAAGUUGGGUUUAAUAUAUAUAUAUAAAGGCAUAAGGGUAAAGUCUCUGAGUUUUAAUAAAGAUGUGCUGACUGUGCUGAAAGUGUUGUGUAGUUAUCAAGCUUUAAGAUACAACACACAUGGUCUAAAGGGUUUGAAACGUUUGACCAAAGUAGCCUCUGUCCUUAUAAGCCAGUCAUUUAACAUUAAUUAUUAUUUUCAGGUUUUAAUAAAGUGAUUUUGUCUCUUCAUCUGUCAA